AUGGUGGAGUACGAAGCAUGCAUCAUGGGUAUCCGUGCAGCCAUUGAACGCAAAAUCAAAGUGCUAGAGGUAUAUGGGGAUUUUGCAUUAGUAAUUUAUCAGCUCAAAGGAAAAUGGGAGACAAGAGAUCCCAAAUUGAUCAAUUACCGAAAACUAGUUCUGGAAUUAAUUAAGGAGUUUGAUGACAUCACCUUUUGUUACCUCCCGCGAGAUGAGAACCAGAUGGUCGACGCCUUGGCUACAUUAGCUUCUAUGAUCAGAGUAAAUAAACAAGAGGAUGUGAAGCCUAUCCAAAUUAGCAUUUAUGAGGCUCCAGCCCAUUUUUACAACAUCAAAAAAGAUGAGGAAAAAGAUUAUCACCCUUGGUAUCACGAUAUAUUACGAUAUGUGAGAAAUCGCGAAUAUCCAGACCAAGCAACUGAGAAUGAUAAGAGGACGUUGAGAAGACUGGCCAGUGACUAUGUCUUGGAGGGGAAGAUCCUAUACAAAAGAAGGAAUGAUCAAGUACUAUUAAUAUGUGUGGACGUUGUUGAGGCUAAGAAAAUCUUGGAAGAAGACCAUGAGGGCGUCUGCGGAACACACGCUAAUGUUUCACAAUGGCCAGGCAAAUCAUGA